AUGAGUCAAAUGUCGCCAGCGUCUCCUACCUCGCCAACGUCACCAACAUCGCCAACGUCACAACAAAGAUUCGAUGAGCACGGCGAAGCUAGUGGUAGUCAAACACGGCAAAGUAUUAUAUCGAACCCCAUUGCGCAGCUGCAACGCCAAACAAGCAAUGACGAUAACAUGCGAUCUCCACCAUCCCGGGGCACGGAAAUGACGGAACAAGAAACUUUGGACAGAAUAACAGCGAAUACGAGCCCUAGCCAUGGCCAUUAUCCUGCGGGGAGUUUGACUGAUAGUGUUCGUCCUCUUCAACAAGGCAAGACUUCCGAUACAGGUCACUUUCAGCAUAACAUCAUUGUGGACAAGAGUUAUAAGGACCUACACAACCUGCCCAGCCCGAUUAAAUCUCCACGGUCGUUUCGAUCAAGCUUUCUUAUGCCGGGUCGAAGUAACGAAGGCCAGCAAAGUCAGAAUCGCAGUACCGAAGGAGCUGAGAAACUCUCUUCGUCCGCAUCUUCACCACAGUUCAGACCUGUAGACUCUCAUACUGAGCGUCAUCCCCGGGUCUCUCAUAAGCCAAGUCAGAAAUCAGAUCUCGGACGUGUUCAUCAGUAUUUCGAUGGCAACACAGUAUUCUGUCUUGGUGGUCGCUGGCAAAACACAAGAGGGAGACCUGUUAAUAUUGCGACUGGUAUCUUUGUCAUCAUUCCUUGCGCUCUGUUCUUUGGUUUUGAAGCACCUUGGUUAUGGAAGCAUGUAUCGCCUGCGAUACCUAUUGUUUUUGCAUACCUUGCGUAUAUAUGUUUCUCUUCCUUCAUCCACGCCUCUGUUACGGACCCUGGGAUUCUUCCGCGAAAUCUUCACCAGUUUCCCCCUGUCGACGACAACGACGACCCUCUCCAACUCAGCCCGCCCACGACAGAUUGGGCAUUGAUAAAAUCUGCGGAAUCAUCAACAGCCGCCAUGGAAGUUCCGGUUAAGCACUGUAGAACAUGCAAUAUCUGGCGACCACCCCGUGCCCACCACUGUCGUUUAUGCGAUAACUGUAUCGAAACCCAUGAUCAUCACUGCGUGUGGCUCAACAACUGUGUCGGGAAACGUAAUUACCGAUAUUUCUUUACCUUUGUUACAUCCGCAACUAUCCUUGCAGCAUACCUCAUCGCCACUUCUCUUACACAGAUUCUUCUUUACAAGAAUCGUGAAGGCGUCUCAUUCGGAAAAGCUAUUGACCACUUCCGAGUUCCUUUUGCGUUGGUAUUUCUUGGGUUUAUCUCCUUCCUUUAUCCUGCUGCUUUGAUGGGAUAUCAUGUCUUCCUUAUGGCGCGAGGCGAAACGACUAGAGAGUACAUGAACUCACACAAGUUUGCUAAGAAGGAGCGUUUCCGGGCAUUCUCUCAAGCCAACAUGUUCAAGAACUUUGUUGUCGUUCUAUGCCGCCCUCGACAACCCACGUAUUAUCAGUUCAAGGCGCAUUAUCAUGAAGGCGACCAACGCCUAGGCAUUCGACGAGACAAGCGGCCGAGAUCGAGCUCUCAGGGAUUGGAAAUGCACGACGUUGUCCCUGGAAGUUCUGGUUUCCAAGGUCCAGUGGCUCUGAGAAGUGAACACAGUCAUUAG